AUGGCGAAGUCAAAGAAUCACACAAAUCACAAUCAAGGUAAAUUUAAGUCUUUUGUAUAGCUUUUUGCACGAACAUAUUAGCUAUUAAUUUAUGGCAGAAUAAUAGUCCUCGUAAACGUUUUGUUGACGAGCAGACCUUUUUUACUAUGUAGUUUUAGUGUAUAGAUGAGGGUGCUAUUUUUGUGCCACAAACAGUCCCAAUGAAGAAAUGGUGAACGUACAGCGAGCAACCAUCGAGUUAUGGAUGCACGCAGGAAGUUGCUAAGCAGGAAAGAAGCGUAUGUGAGUUUCUUGAGGCGUAGCCGAAAGCAAAUGUAGCUUCUUCUAAUUUUCCUUUCGCUGAAUCAACCGUUCUCCGUCUUAAGGUAAAUUGCAAAAUGGUUUUUGUUGUUAUUCUGAAUGGCGUCUGUCUACUUGCCGGGGUCUACUUGCUCUUAAUACAGUGAAACCUCUAUUCGGAACCUUCCCAAGUGUCCCCUUAAUAGAGGGUGUCUGCUUAAUAGAGGUUACAAAAAAUUGUGCAAUGUUUGUAAAUGAUGAACAUUCAACGGUUACCGCUCUGUCUGCUCUGUACUACGGUAAAGUUCCAUGUAGUUAAGGAAGCUGUGCUGUACUUUGUGCAAGACUUUUGACAGCUAAAUGUAUUGAUUUAUCUUUGUUAAAAUUGACUGCAGUAUGUAUUUCAAGGAUGUAACCCAACACUACUAUUGUCAAUUUAGUCCGGUGUCCGCUUGAUAGAGGUUUUUAGCAAUAGAAAUUAGGCAAAUACAAUUUAUUUAAGUGUCCGUGUCUGAUUACUAGAGGUGUCCGCUGAAUAGGGGUUCAUUAUAAAUAGAGGAUAUUACAUGGUCGCUUGGAGAUACAAAAUUUCUCUUCACGUCUUGAAGAAUAUUUCACGAGUGAGCGCAGUGAAUGAGUGAAAUAUUUUUUUCAACAUGAGAAGAGAAAUUUCGUAUCUCCAAGCGCCCAUGUAAUAUUCUAUUUAUUAUAUAAACACCAAUGAAAUGCCAAACCAUUUUACUUAAAAAGCUUUUUGGUGUGAAAUGUUCGGUUUAUUAUGAAGCCAUAGCCAUAGCAAUGGUGAUAUUUUCACAUGUGAAGAUAACAUGUUAUUUUCACCUGUGAAGAUAUCAAGUUUUCGAGCAAAAGCUCACUUGGUAUUUCAUUGGUGUUUAUAUAAUAAAGGAAACUAUAAAAUGUUAAUUUCGGGACCCGGCUCAGUGUCUGCUUAAGAGAGAGUGUCCUCUUAAUUGGGGGUCUUGCUUAAUAGAGGUUUCACUGUAUUAGGGUAAAUACUUUGAGGGAAAACUAUAGCUGCAACUAUAAACUAAAACACUAUGCAACGUAAAAUGAUGUUAAUUGUGUGACAAUUUAUGCAGUAAAUAUAAAGUAGAAAUGAGAAAAAUUACUAUUUUUCCUGUAGAAUAAUGCAUGAAUGGACAAUUUUAAUUCAAGUUCCUUGUGACAGUGUGUUUGUCGUUAUUUUCCAGGGUUCGCACAGUCUUGAAAAGUCUUUGAAUUUUAGGGGAAGUCCUUGAAAAGUCCUUGAAUUCCAUUUUUCCUUGAAAAGUCCUUAAAUUUCUGUGCAAGUCCUUGAAAAGAGCUUGAAUUUUCUUCAACUUUGAAUGUAGUAGCCCGGAAAGAAUUUUUUGAUGCUUUUUGGUUGUCCAAGACAGAAUAUAAAUCGUAGCUCAGUGAAUGUAAAGGUCAUUUACAUAAAGUGCUCCAUGUUUUAUGCGAUAAUUAACUAUCAGUUUAAGACAAGUGAACUGAAAAAUGUAGAGAAUUUGGUGAAGCAAACAGUUAAAGCCUUAAAGUCUUAUUAGAAUAUACUGGAAAUAUGCAUUUUUGUACAAUCUGUGAAAUUAUAUUCCUAGUAGGUUGUCCUUGAAAAUCUAAUGUGGUCCUUGAAAAGUCCUUGAAAAAUGGUUACAAUUUUUUGUAUGAACUCUGUUUUCUUAGCCUGCGAAUGGCAGAAGUUUCUCCUCGUUCAUCGCCGUUGAGGGAAUUUUCACAAGGAGGAGCGUCUGCAACUCAGUGACAGAAAUUCCAUACUGAUGAGGCAAAAUCUGUCCGGAAUCUGGUCAGAAGGGCUUAUUGGUCGACAGAGUAGUUUCACUGUUUUAGCUAUUGUUUACAAAUGAUAGACAAAAGACAAAGACCACAAAGGUCAAAUGUAAACAAGAUGAAUCUUUAACAAAACAGUCAAUAUUUGUGGAAUAUAGUAUUCUUAGAAGUAGCAUUUGAUUUUUGCUGGAGCUCAUUCGCAGAUAAACACAAGACUUUACCAAAAUCGACCAGCAGAAAUGUAAAAUUGAACAAAUUUGCAUUUGGAACCCCAUGGCUACUGGAUUUAUUAUGAAAACAUUGAUUUAUGUCAUCAGUAUGGAAUUUCUGCCGCUGAGUCGAAAACGUUCCUCGUCGCAAAACAUCCCUCAGCGGCAAUAAGCUAGGAGUAAAGUGCAACACAUUGCAGUAGCUCAGAUUGUUGUCGUGAGACACGGGAGAAUUCAAAAACAUGUGCGCCAUCUUGGCUGGGUAAUUGGAAAGUUAUCAAAUUCUUCCUAAGGAAGGUUUCCUUUUAUAGGCACCCUCUGCGUAUAACUUCUCUCCCUCCCCUCCGUGGUUAAUGCUGAGCUUAUGGCAUUUUAUUGUGUUUGUUGACGGUAUGCACACCUACUUCCUUAAACUGUACAGUGAACCCUCAAUAUAACGAAGGGCCAAGGGACUGGCAAAAUAUGUUUGCUAUAAGAAGGUUUCAUUAUAUUGAGGUUCUUUCCCAUAUGUUUUACAAUUACUGGGAAAAAAAAUUGUUGGUUAUAUGGAGGUUUGUUAUAUCAAGGUUCCACUGUAGUAGUGACUUGUUUUAUGGUUUUAGGUGGUUUUCACUUGUGCUGCAAGCACAAACAGAGGAAUUUUAGGCAGUACAAACAUAAGGGCAAGAAAAAGGAAAACUUUAAUCCUUGUGGUUGUGCUGAUUCUUGCAUAUACACUGUAGAAAUGAGGACUGAAAUGCUUGUUUUGUACUUGCUUUCCUAGUGUCCCCUGCUGUUGAGUAGCGCAGGUUAUGUGACAAAAUUAAUGUAGUUCCAUAGCUAGUAAUUUACUUGACUUGUUUGAAUUUGACUUUAAUUUACAGGCCACAAGUGGCAUAGGAAUGGUAUCAAAAAGCCAAAGAAGCAACGUCACCCAUCAUUGAAAGGGGUAAGGUGUCUCUACAUGGUAUAAGUGAAAAGUUUUUUAAUUACCUGGUUGAUAGCAUAAACAUGGAAUGCCCAUGCAUAUGUGCCCAGAGGGCAGGUGUGUAGUAGCUGUUAUCUUCUAUCAAGGGUUGAUGGGCAUUUGCAGAAGGUAAAAUUUGAAGGCAGUUUUUGGGUUUUAACGUGACACUGCCUACUUGACUUGCACCCUUCACUUUCUCUCCUCCCCUCUUCUUUCAUCUUUUUUGUCCCAUUCUGGAGUUGUUUUUGACCUGUAAAGCUGACAACACUCCAAACACUAAGAAACUUGAGUGUGAAAAAAUACAACUUUACCUUAGGAGAAACAGAGAUACUUAUGUUAGAUUCUGAAUAUCUAAGCUGUUGCACAUCAACCACGGUAAUGGAAAAAUAGACACAUUCCCUUUGGCUUGACAUUUUCUUUUUUUUUUUUUUCAUUUUCAGGUUGAUCCAAAAUUCCUUCGAAACCAGAGGUUUGCAAAAAAACACAACAAACGUCAUGCAGGGAAUGCUGUCAAAAUGGAAUCCUAA